AUGGGAAGAGCGCAGGCCCGGAUGGCAUUCCUCCUCCAGAAGUCUUCAAGAAUUGUGAGAUUGACAUCAUUCUGGAAAUCUGCACACCUCGCCCUGAUCAACAACAAAGUCCCCAGACAAUGGUUGCUGUCGAACAUCAUACCCGUGCCCAAAUCUGGUGAUAUCGGUAAAACCGACAACUACCGUGCCAUUAGCCUCACAUGUAUCAUCGCAAAGAUGUUCAACUUGCCUGGUAAGGUGUUCUUCAGUGUGCUCCUUGCUUGGCUGAAGGUGGAGGUUGAUUCCAUCAUCAGAGAAGAGCAAUCUGGCUACCGAGAGGAGAGAUCCUGCUGCGAACAGACCUUCACUCUGCGUAACAUCAUUGAGCAGUGUCGAGAGCACCAGACGUGA